AUGGCCCUUGGCGGUUGGUAUUUCCCGUUUUCCCGCCUUGUGAGACUAACCGCGCGCACCGUCUUUUGUCCCACAGAUUAUCGAGACACUGCCGCCAAACUCCAGAAAGAAUGGCGAGUGCAGGCCCCCCACAGGAAAUUUGACUUUGCAAAGCAUGUGCACACGUACGCGCUGGUGUCCUUGUUGAACAAGGGCCUCAUCUAUGAAGACUACCAGAGGAAAUUCGCCCAAGACAACCAGGACACUCGUGAAGGGCAAGCAGCAGCCGAGAGUGCCCGCGGUGUGUUCGGGCCUCUCAAGUUUGAACCAGCACCCAAUGAGUCGGGAGAGGACAUGGAGGAGGAAGAUGAGUCGGAGGCCGAGACCGAGAUCGAGAAUGGAAAUGCGCGAAAACGCGGGAGUGAGCGGCCACAUCACGGAUUGCGCAACGGAACGCCUGCGAAGCGACAAAGGCUGAGCAAUGGCAACGAGAACGGAAACGGGGCGGAAACGGCCACUACGCCCAUGGAAAUCGACUCUCACCCAGACAACAACAGUAACAACAACUCGAGUAGCAGCAAUGUCAACAACAACCACGCCUACCCAUCGCCCCUGGAGGGCGAGCAAGCCGCAUCUCCACCACCACGCACCGAGGGCCCAGAGAAGGCCACCCAGACAGAAGAGCCGCUCGAUCUCACGCGGGCGACAGUAUUCCUGCGCAUGGGCGCCGACGAGAGCACCGAGUCGGAACUAUCAACAAGCCAGGACCAGAUGACGGAAAACCCUAUUGCGUCGCCGCUGGCGCUGUUCUGCGAGUGGAACCCCAGUAACCCGUCCAUCUUGGCGGUUGCCGGGACCGAGGCGCUAGCCCGUCUUUGGACUGUCUCGCGUGGAGACGCCCCAGUGGCCGACAUCCCUGCAGGUCACGUGGACGAUCACACGGCCCCUUUCACCCUCGACUCCAGCUUCUCCAGCCUCACUGAGCAGGACGUGCUCAAGUCGUCCACCGUCUCGUCACUUGCUUGGAACGCCGACGGUACUGCUAUUGCCCUGGCUGUGGAUCAUGGCAGAAAGUCCCGCGUCAGCAUCUGGGAUGUUAAUGGCUCGCCUAUCCACCGCUUCGAUGGCGUCGACCCUCCUGUCAUCAAGUUGCGUUGGAGCCCCAACAAGGACUUGCUUCUAGGUGUCAGUCUCGAUAGCCGCGGCAUAAUGGUCACCGUGUUCUCCCUGUCGACCGCAAACUCUGCCUCUCACCUCGUUGAACGCACUCUCGACGAUAGUGUUCUGGAUGUUUGCUGGGUUAGCGAAACUGAGUUUGUCAUUUGUGGAGGCGAUUGCCUGGUCGCCCUGCGCUGCGGAGAGAAGGGCAUCGAACCUGGCAGAGAGUUCAACACCGGCAAGGACGAAAGUUUCAGCCAGAUCAAGUACGAUGCGAAGACAGGGCUUAUUGCCACUGCCACUGAGAAGGGCGUCAUUCAUAUCUGGGACCAUGCGGGCCAACGGCGGUCUAUCAGCGCCCAUAUCGGAAACAUCACCGGACUUUUAUGGCAGCCCUUGGACCGUGAGCCGGAGAAAGAUGAAAGAUUGCUUGCGUCCAGUGGAGAAGACGGUGCCAUCUGCAUAUGGAACGUACGAAACGCGGAAAACAAGGCGAAGUACUCGAUGACGAUGGCCGACCAAAUCGCUAACAUUGCGAUGACCCCUGAUGGCACUCAUAUUGCCGGAGCAACCGCGGACAAGGUCUUGGUGUGGAAGCUCGACGAUCCGACGGUACCCUACGCCAGCUGGAACAAGGAGUCGCAUCCGGGUUGGAGGAGCCCCAAAACAGGCGCCGAAGCGGAGGAGAUCCUCGCACCCUGCCUUGGCUGGGAUGCAGAGGGAGGAAAGCUGGUGUAUGGCUUGAAUAGUCGGCUUGCUGUCAUCAAUUUUCGCUAG